AUGCCCUACAGCGAUAGUUGGUCCAGCUUUCCCCAUUGUUCCGGCUCGGUCAUACCUAGUUUCUCAUCGAAGGAUUCCAUAAUGCGGUAUCCACGAUCCCGCGGCGACCAUCGCGAAAAACGCUACUUCCGAUGCAUCUACUGCGAGUACCAGUCGAAAUAUAGCUCGAACGUGUACAAACAUAUGCGAAGGAUUCACAAACACAUGCCCUUCUUAUUCCAUAGGAGUCGCCGAGUAAUUGAACAUAAGGAGAGAUACUUCUGUCCACGGUGCAGCAGCUCGUUCAGCAAGAAGAGCAACAUGCUGACACAUUAUAGGCAUGAAUGCGGGAAAGAGCCGAGGUUCCAGUGUCCUUACUGCGGAAAAAAAGAUAGAAAAUCCUCCAACACUUAUAGGCACAUCAGGAUGCAUCAUAAAGGCAACAACAUUCAAGCAUAUCGACUAUACUGA